UUAAACAUGUUUAUCAGGGUUGAUUCGUGCUGGACCAACCUGUAUGCGAUGCACUGAUGCUCCAGAUAUAACAGAAUGUUUCACAAAUUUGGCUGUUUGUGGCGACAAUGAGGAAUGUUAUUUGGAGAAAAGCACAGAAGAAGACCUUAGUAUCGUGUACAAUGCAGGAUGUCGUUCACAUCAGGUGUGCAUGAUAAUGAGGGCAAUGAGUGGCACUCCAGGAAGACGACGGCGGCUGGUGAACUGCGCUGAUUGUUGUUCCGAUGCCCCAGACAGUAACGGUCCAUGCAACGCACAACUGUGUGGACUUACCCCACCUCAGAUGCCGGACACCUGUGCUGUCUGCGAUGGAGUACAUGCUGACGUCCAAUCUUGUAAUACACUAGCUACCUGUCCGCCGAAUGAGGUUUGCUUCACGGGAAUUCGCAUUGUUGGCACGAGAGUGCGUUAUGUCUUUGGAUGUUAUGAAGAACGCGUGUGUUAUGCAAUGGUAGCAAAUAACAAUAAAACCGAUUCACUCCAUCGACCUGGUAGAGUUAUUCACGGUGAUCAAGGCAUGCCAAUCUGUGAUGCUUGUUGUAAAGGAAACAAAUGUAACGUCGCAGACUGUUUCCAAGUCAAAGCAAAUAUGACUCUCUCGGACUUCAACAAUGGAACAAUUACAGGUUAAAGAGAGAGAAA